UAAAACAGUCGUAGCCGACAGCCACUCACAUACACGGUCUAAAGGUAUCGCCAUGGGCCCAGAUAAACAUGACGUCCAUAUUCCAGUCAAGACGAAGUUGUUUGUCUACAUUUCCCACUGUUUUACAACAAUGGGUGCCCGGAUGUGGUGGUUCGGUAUCGGACUGUUCCUGGUGGAGGUGACCCCGCAUUCACUUCAGCUCACAGCCCUGUAUGGUUUCAGCAAUGGUGGCGCCAUGCUUCUGCUAGCGGCCGUCAUUGGAGACUGGAUCGACCGGUCCAAUAGACUAAGAGCUGCUCGUGUUGCCCUCGUUUUGAACAACGUCAGUAUCGCCGUCUGUUGUGUUGUGAUAUUCUUCGUUCUGACGUACCGACCCGAGAUCGAGGCUGUGUGGGAGGAUGCUCGACUCCUCACUCUAUGUUUUGCUGUUGUCGUCAUCAUCACUAUUGUUGCCAACCUGACUAACCUCGGUCGUGUUCUCAUCAUGGAGCGGGACUGGAUAGUGGAAAUCUGUCAACGUGAUAAAGCUACUAUUGCAACAAUGAGUGCGACUUUCCGUUUUAUUGACUUGUGUACCAAGGUUGUAGCUCCCCUAGUAACGGGACACGUGAUGACGUACGGUUCCCACAUAUACGGCGCCAUCUUUAUUGGUAUAUGGAACAUCGUUGCCCUUGUCGCAGAAUACUACCUUGUCUGGAAAGUAUACACGCUAGUACCAGCCCUACACACCAAAUCGUCCGCCGACAAAUCAGAGGUAAAGGAAGAAAUUCAGAUAAUAAAAUCUGCAGAGCAUGCUGACAAAGAAUACCAAGCUCUUCCAUCAGAUGAUGUACCUCCUUUUAACCAGGAAACUGUCGGUAACACAACACCCCAUGUGGAGAUAUACGACAUCACAGCAACCACCACUGCAACCGAGACAGAGGAAGGCCCCACUGUACACGACGUCACGGACCAGAACGAUACACAGCUAACGGAUAAACACGACACAACAAUAAAAGAUGUAGAUGAUAAUAGUUCUACAUUAGAUCAAGAACCAGAUCAUAACAUUUCACCCAAGCAUGAGACAAAUGAAUCAAACUCUUCAUCAAACAAUUAUACAGUCGAGAUAGGGACGAAUAGUAAAGGUUCUGCAAACGGCAUAUCUCGUUCUUCUGAUCAGCAAUUAUCUAAGAAGGAUUUGGAAUCUGUUGAAAAGGCAACGGCCAAUACAGAGGCGACUUCGCGGACUCAUGUGGAAGUAGUUAAGGAAACACCAAAUAGUCUGACAGCACAGCUAUGUUACAGUAUGGUAUCGCUGUAUCGGGGAUGGAAGACGUUUAUGAAAUAUGACGUGGCGGUUGCAGGCUGGGCAUUGGCUUUCUUGUACUUCACAGUUCUUGGAUUUGACAAUAUCACAAUAGGUUAUGCCACCACUCAGGGUAUGUCAGAGUCCUUAGUAGGAAUUCUGAUUGGAUGUGCUGCAGUGUUUGGUAUAAUCGCUUCUAUAUCCUUCCCGAUCCUCAGACGGAAGUUUGGUCUUGUCAGAACUGGAACUAUAGGGUUCAGCUGGGAAGUAUGCUGUCUCUGCUUAUGUAUCGUGUCACUAUGGAUGCCUGGUGGAACCUUUGAUCCAAACCGAGACUGGUCCAAGCAUAACAUCAUCAAAGGGAAUUGUUCGAAUACCAUAGCAACCACUAUUGGGCCACUUGCAUCAUCGUCAGAACCGUAUGUUAAUACCACCUACGAACCUGCUCCAGAACCGGAGUUGCACGUGUCAACAGCUUGUAACCACAUUUUAGAUGUGUCAGACGACAUUCCCGAGUCUAAAGCUUCCAUUAUAAUGUUACUAAUGGGUAUUGUUGGUGCCAGAUUUGGUGUCUGGCUGACCGAUCUUGCCAUCACACAGUUGUUUCUAGAAGCCGUCGCAGAAACAGAGAGAGGCAUCGUAAACGGCUUCCAGUCCUCGCUCAACAAGCUGAUGGAUAUGUUCAAGUUUAUAAUGAUUAUUUUCAUUCCUGAUCCUUCCAUGUUUGGUUACCCAGCUAUCGUGUCGUUCUGUUUCAUCUUCUCUGCGUGGUUAAUAUAUACCAGAUUUUCCAAGAAGAGAACCGGUCAUCUGUUGUGUGGCAAUAACUAUAACUACUCUUUAGAUGACAAAUAGUAAUGAUCUAAAAGUUUGUUCAAACAUAUAUCAUAUAUAAUCAGAAACGUCAUAUAAUAACUCUCCUCCCAGAGAGACAAAGGAUUCAUUGUAGGCUGUAUAUAAAGCUACGAAAAUUAUAAGAUAAGAAAAUGAAAACGUUUUGAUAAAAUAAAUAAGUAUCAACAUGCCUUUAAGUAGAUAUCGCCAUGAACUAUUUACAUGAUUUUUAGUGUCGGAAUAGAUUAUUAAUCAUAUCCAUUUUGUACAACAACGUAUUUCGUCUUUGCGUAUUGCAUAGUUAUCUUCUCUUGUGAGCAGGGAUUGUUGUUACGUCAU